AUGCUUCCAAAUGAUUCUUUUGAACAAGAAUAUGAUUUUAAAGAAGCUGAUCGAGCAGAACUACGUGAGAGGCCUGUGCAAUUUCAAUGUGACGAAGAUCCAUUUGGUUUAAGUGAUUUCUUAAAAGAUGUACGACAUGGUAGUGCUGGUAGUUCAGCUCUAUCAGCUAGUCGAUCUUCUAGUUCAUCGUUUAAACGUAGUAAUGCAGAUGAUCAACAAGAGCAAACUAGUGAAAAACGUCGCAAGAAAUAA